GCCAGUUUGUGGUCCUGUAAGAUAUCCCAUAACAUAAGCCUGCCCUUCUGGACAUCCUUCCUGUAUUCGAAAUCUGCCACAUUAUAUGCUCGAGAUGGGUGACCCACCACUCAAAGCUGUGGGUUCACUGCAAAUCCAGCCGGAGCGAGCAUUAGGGUGGAUAACGCUUGGAUCCUCUCUCUACCACGUUAUCACCAGGCUGAAGGCAUCGCCAGAACAAUUCCCAACUCUUGAAAUCUCGUAUACACCAUCGACUCCCCUUUCCAACCCCGUCAUUUUAAGUCUCGCGUCUAAUGGUCUGAGACUUCGGUUUGACGGACCCGACCAACGACUCAGACUGAUCGAGAUUCUGGACUUCUCCCUGGUUGCCGUCACUUACAAGAACAUCGACCUGGUUCGGCGUACGAAGAGUUCCGAGGAAGCCAACAUCGAGGAUCCAACUCAAUUAGGGCCCUCCUUCAAGCACGUGUACAAUCGUCUGUUUGGCCCAACAUAUGCUGGAGAAUACAUUCAACCUUUGUCUGGUAAAACCACUGGGACGUAUGUACUAUCAUAUCCCGGCUUGGCCUUCACAUUCCCUGUCAAACACAAGUCAUGGUCCGACAAGGUUGACUUCGUGUCGCUACUAUCCUCCAAUGCCACUGGUCCCGCAUUGUCCAUGGCGAUAUUUUCGGGUAACUCUUGGACUGAGGCCCGGACCACUCUGUACAACAAAACGCCCACGUUGCCUCGGAUGCCCACGAUUGGCGGCAAACUUGGUGAAGUGACACCGGACGAAGUGGAGGAAGUGAGGGUGCUCGGUGGUGGGAAGUUGGAACUGGUGAGGCGAAGCCUGGCACCUUUUGCGAUGACGUUGAAUGAGACCACCCCACAAGACAUUGUGGCUGAGCUGGGACCUCCAGAUGCAAUCUACCGAAAGCAUGACAGACGAAUAUCAAUACAUGCAACAGGUCACCCCGUACGGCGGCGAGUCAGUAUGUCUCCCGGACUGGACCCGCAGGCUAUUGAUACGGACCAAUCUUCAAUACAGAGUUAUACCGAGGACUCUGAUAUCGAAGCUGAAAGCCGAGAGGACAAGACAGGGGACUCAACAGACGAAUGCUUUUACAACUACUUAAACCACGGAUUUGAUAUUUUGAUUGCCCGGCCCAACAACAAGUCAGCUCCGUUCCCUGGCGGAGCAGCGGCCGACUCGGUCAGUUGGAAUUCCAGUGCACUUCUGGUUGCGACCAAGAUCUUCCUCCAUGGCAACGUGCCUGGAUCCUUUUCGUUUAAUCGACAUCGGCGAAGUCGCUGGGUGAUACGGACAAGCAACGAAAGUCAAGGUUCGGUGCUGACUUCCGAGAUGAAGUUCCAAGAGAUAUCAUCAGCACUUAAAGACUUGUGGCGAGAUAGCUACAAGGAUGAACAUGAAGAGAAGCAGAUGCAAAGAGGGAUGGUUUUGAAUCGAGGGUGGGAGGAGAGUCCUGAGAGCUCUAUUGAGCUACUGGGAGACAUGGAAGAAAGUCCGACACGAGAGACAGCAAUCGACAGCUUUAGUGCGGAUGGGAAUGGAGGUUUGAGCAACACUGAAUUGUUUGGAUUCCCUGGGUUGUUGUUUGAGGUCCUUAAGAAUGACACCAUCAGCUGCUUAACUGUGUUUUGAACCUUGGGGUGAGAAUGUCGGAUUCCAUGAAUGAUGAGACUAUAUACCAGAUAGAUGAGGCCGGCCGGACGACGCAAUAUCAGUUAUAGCGUAAUUAUAGUUGCCUGAUGGUGAUAAGAUGA